AAGCGGCCUGAUUUGUUUACGCGCGAGUCGAAUAUUUGCUUGCAAUUUUCUGCGGUGAGAAAGGAAAAUACGUGUUUAUUUCAUUUGUUUUAAUGGUUUUAAUGUUUAAUUUGUUUUGUUCAAGAAAGAAAAUUAGCACAGUGAGACAAACAGCUCGGCACUUCGUCAUUGAAAUGUUUAAAAAUCAAGACAACCGGCUAGAUACUUUUCGUCGCGUUUGUGAUGAAAUUGGGGAAGAGCGCAGCUAUAACAACAAAGCAGAAUUGCUGAAAGUGUUCUUUCAAAAAGGUGCUGAUCGUAAAGGUUUUAAAGGCGAUGUGUUGCUUUGGGUACAAAUGUUAAUACCCGGUGCCAGUCACCGGGUGUACAACCUGCAAAACAAGCAAAUGGUCAAGUUGUUCUCAAGGAUAUUCUCUUCUGAUAUUCAAGACAUGCAGCGGGAUUUGGAACAAGAUGGCGACGUUUCCGAAACAUUGUCGAAGUAUUUUGAGACUUCACAAAAAAUAAAACCGCAAGAAGAAAGUUCGCUCUAUUUACAAGAAGUUGAAGAAUUUCUGAUAAAAUUGGAACAGCGUACCAAAGAAGAUGAACAAACAGAUUUGUUGCGACAAUUGUGCAAGCAAGCAACUGCUUUAGACCUGAGAAUGGUGAUACGUCUAAUCAAGCAAGAUUUGCGUAUAAAUGCAGGAGCGCGGCAUAUACUUGAUGCAUUUGGACCACUUGCCUAUCCCGCCUACCAAUCUUCCCGGGACUUGGCUGCUGUUGUGAAGCAAUUCGCUUCCACAGGAAAGCAGAAACAGUUGGUGUCGUCGCCUCUUAAAGUCACAAAAGUUACAGGUAAAAUUGGUCAGGUGCAAGUAAUGACGCCCAUUUCCCCUAUGUUAGCUAAUGCCUGUAAAUCGGUUGAAGAAGCAUUCAAGAAAUGCCCAAGCGGUUUAUACACUGAAAUCAAAUAUGAUGGGGAGCGCGUACAGAUACACAAACGAGGGAACGAAUUCAAAUUUUUUAGUCGUAAUCUAAAACCCGUCAUGGAUCAUAAAAUCAAACGUUUCCACGAACUUAUCCCAAAGGUGAAUUUUCACAACUUUGCUCUCGAUUUUCGCAAGAUUCGAAGUGCGUAGUCAAAGUUAAUCUAAUAGCCUAUUUCCUCCAAAGGCUUAACUGCA